AUGUCUGCGAAUGGUACCACCCAGUCCAAAGAACCGGAACAGAGCAAGCCAAAGCUAUCACAAUGCGUGAAUAUAUCAGACUUUGAGUCUGUAGCACAACAGACAAUGAAGAAAUCCUCUUGGAACUACUAUUCCACUGGGGCCGAGGACGAGUUUACCAUCAAGGAGAACAACGCAGCUUUCCAACGCAUACGGUUUCGGCCGAAGGUUCUUAUCAACGUUGAGCAUGUGGAUAUUUCUACCACUAUGCUUGGAGCCCAUACAUCCGCUCCAAUCUACAUAACAGCUACCGCACACGCCAAGCUUGGCGACCCAGACGGCGAAGUGACAUUGGCGAGAGCAAGCAACAAGCAUGAUAUCAUCCAAAUGAUACCAUUGUACUCAUCAUGUCCCCUCUACGAUAUCACGAAUGCUAGGGAGCCUAAUCGGACUCAAUGGUAUCAGAUAUAUGUCAAGAAGGAUCGAAAUGUGACACGGAAGGCUGUUGAAGCCGCCGAAGCACGAGGCUGUAAAGCUUUGUGCAUCACUGUCGAUAAUCCGCACCUCGGAAGUCGCGAAAAGGUCUUGCGUUCGCAGCAGAGUGAGUCUGAAGAAGACGAAUUCGAGGAUGCACCAGCAACGGAGCUGGAUCCGUCUCUCAUAAUGAACUCAACCCUGUCCUGGGACGACAUCCCGUGGUUUCAAGAAAUUACUAACAUGUCGAUUGUCCUCAAAGGCGUGCAACGAGUCGAAGACGUCAUUAAGGCAGCAGAAUACGGCGUCCAGGCUGUGAUUAUCUCUAAUCAUGGCGGACGACAACUCGAUUACUCAGAGGCUCCAAUUGAGGUCCUUGCGGAGGCUAUGCCUAUCUUGAGAGAACGAGGCCUUCAGGGAAAAAUUGAAGUGUAUAUUGAUGGCGGGGUUCGUCGUGGCUCAGAUGUGUUAAAGGCUUUGUGUCUUGGUGCUCGUGGCGUGGGCAUCGGUCGCCCAUUUCUCUACGCGAUGGCUGCCUAUGGACAGAAAGGACUUGAGAAAGCGAUUCGAAUCUACAAAGAUGAACUUGAAAGGAAUAUGCGACUGCUUGGGUGCACAUCAAUUGGCCAACUUCACCCAGGGCUGGUAAAGGUGCUCGGUGAGGUUCGGGAAAGACUAUAA